UCCCAGCGUCAGGGCUGAACUCCGUUAUCUCGCCUCUCUUCAUGGGCUGGAGCUUCACCGGGAACAGGCUGCCGUUGCAAUUAAGAAACCACGCCUGCUGCUCUCUAAUUCCCCUGAUUUACAGUACUUAUACUACUCUUCCCUGGAGCACGACCCAUCUCCAGAGCUGCUCGACCAGAAAACUUCACAUCCCCUGAAGGACUUUCUUUUUUUUUAAUUGUUAUUAUCGCGAGAGCGUCGGCUGCAUUACGAUCCUGACCACUGCCGGGAGAAGGGCUGAUAGUCCGGCGGUCACUCUCACUUUUUGUCGGGGGGAACACGCACAACACCAGCAAUGGAGUACCUCGUGUUUUGUUUUGUGUUUUCAUGCUGCGUGAAGUUUACAAGUAGCGUCUCCUCUACUGACACACCUCAACCUCUUGCGCCUAUUCCCAAAGAGAAAUUGCUCGUCCUGACUGUUGCAACAGAGGAAACGGAUGGCUUCCUGCGCUUUAUGCAGUCUGCAAACUAUUUCAAGUACACUGUGAAGGUUUUGGGAAUGGGAGAAACAUGGAAAGGUGGUGACGUGGGUCGCUCCAUCGGCGGAGGGCAAAAAGUCAGACUCCUGAAGGAGGCCAUGGAGGCUCUGGCUCACCAGGAGGACCUUGUUGUCCUUUCCGUGGAUAGCUAUGAUCUUAUCUUUUCUGGGGGACCAGAAGAGAUUCUCAGGAAGUUCCAGCAAGCCAAUCACAAAGUGUUUUUCGCGGCAGAGGGACUGGUAUGGCCGGAUAAGAAACUAGCUGACAAGUACCCCUCAAUCCGCAGUGGCAAGCGCUACCUCAACUCUGGAGGUAUUAUCGGCUAUGCCCCAUACAUAAACAGAGUUGUUUCACAGUGGAACCUCCACGACAACGACGACGACCAGCUCUUCUAUACCAAAAUAUACUUGGAUCCUUUACAGCGACAAACUCUCAAUAUGACUCUGGACCACAAGUGCCAGAUUUUCCAGAACCUGAAUGGGGCCGUUGAUGAAGUGCUUCUCAAGUUUGGAACAGACCGCGUACGAGUUAGAAACACAGUGUACGACUCGCUGCCAGUGGUCAUCCACGGCAACGCAAACACCAAAAUGUACUUGAACUAUUUGGCAAACUAUGUCCCCGAUACAUGGAACUAUGAGCACGGCUGUAGCCACUGUGAUGACGACGUUGUGGACCUGUCCCAGUUAAAAGAGUAUCCCAAUGUGUUGGUUGGAGUAUUCAUCGAGCAGCCAACUCCAUUUCUUCCUGAAUUCUUCCAGCGGCUGCUGACCCUGGAUUAUCCCAAAGAUAAACUCAACAUUUUUAUCCACAACAAUGAGGUUUACCACGAGAAGCACAUCCAGAAGUUCUGGGAAGAGAACCGAAAUGUGUUCAGCUCUUUCAAGGUUGUGGGACCAGAAGAAAAUCUGAGCCAAGGAGAGGCCAGGAACAUGGGCAUGGAUCUCUGCCGUAAGGAUGCCACGUGCGACUACUACUUCAGCCUGGAUACAGAUGUGAUGCUCACCAACAGACAGACACUGAAGCUCCUGAUUGAGCAGAACAGGAAAAUAAUUGGCCCCCUUGUCACUCGUCACGGCAAGCUGUGGUCCAACUUCUGGGGAGCCUUGAGCCUGGAUGGUUAUUACGCUCGCUCUGAAGAUUAUGUCGACAUUGUGCAGAGGAAACGUGUGGGUAUGUGGAACAUUCCUUUCAUGGCACACGUAUACCUCGUCAAGGGCACUGCUUUGAGGAAGGAACUGAAGGAGAGGAACCACUUUGUGCUGGAGAAACUAGACCCAGAUAUGGCUUUUUGUAGAAAUGCCAGAGAAAUGACCAGUCACAGAGAAAAAGACUCCCCUUCUCCGGAAUCAUUCCAUAUGCUCAGGCCCCCAAAGGGAGUCUUCAUGUACAUAACAAACCGGCACGACUUUGGGAGGCUCAUCUCCACAGCCAAUUAUAACGUUUCUCAUUAUAACAAUGACUUGUGGCAGAUAUUUGAAAACCCCGUGGACUGGAAGGAGAAAUACAUCCACCAAAACUACACUCAAAUCUUCACUGAGAACAACAUGGAGGAGCCGUGUCCAGAUGUGUUCUGGUUCCCAGUCUUCUCAGAGAAGGCCUGUGAUGAAAUAGUGGAGGAGAUGGAGCACUUCGGUUCAUGGUCUGGAGGCAAACAUGAGGACAAGCGGAUCUCCGGCGGCUACGAGACCGUGCCCACGGACGACAUUCAUAUGAGGCAAAUCGGCUACGACAAAGAGUGGCUGCACUUCAUCCGGGAGUUCAUAUCGCCCAUCACGUUAAAGGUUUACUCUGGCUACUUCACUAAGGGUUACUCAAUAAUGAACUUUGUGGUAAAAUACACACCUGAGAGGCAAGCGUACCUGAGGCCCCAUCACGACUCCUCCACCUUCACCAUCAACAUUGCCCUCAAUAACAAAGACACAGACUUUCAGGGUGGGGGUUGCCGUUUCCAUAGGUACAACUGCUCCUUAAAUUCACCCCGGAAAGGCUGGAGCUUCAUGCACCCGGGACGGCUGACUCACCUCCACGAAGGCCUGCCCACCACCAACGGCACCCGCUACAUCGCAGUGUCCUUCAUCGAUCCCUGAGCUGAUCCCAUUAUUCUGUGAAUGAGUCUUUUCACUUCGCUUUGCUUUCUUUUCCCCGUCAUGUUUGUUUUGUUCCGUGUCCCAGAUGUUUUGCUGAAGCUAUUCUUUUUUUUUUUUUUUUUUUACAAAACCAGAGCUUUAAAAGGAAUAAAUGAUUGCAUGAAAGGGAUCUCUGUCAAACAGAGUGUAGAUGGGAAAGGAAAGUAAUUCACACUUUUAGGGUACACAACUGUGCCACACUCAUUUCAGAUUAUUCUUUUAAUUCUGAACCAACAACCGGUGUGGAAUAAUUGGUGCUGUAGCUUACCCGGAUUUUCACAUUAGUAAUUUACAGUGUCAUAACUUUGCUAGUGUUUAGCUGUACCAUGCUAGCAUGCACAGACAUUUGUGUUUCAGGUAAAAUGUCACUGAAGACAUUUAUACUAUAAAAAACCAGUCACUUAUCAACACUCCACAAUUCUGCAUUUGAGAUUGAAGUAAAUAUUUGUUUGAGUGCAACUGUUUCUCUUCCAUGAAACAGUUUGGAUUAUAUUUGUGAUUUAAAGUUUGAUACGUGUCCCGAGAUGAAUAAAUCGAAUUUUGGAAUUUUGCACACCAGAAAAGCAAGACAGCAGAAUUCAAUAUGAAUUAUGUUUGAAUGAAGUUCAAUGUUCUCUUUUACUUGAAAUAUUUCUCGUCCUCUUUUAUUGGAAACUGGUAACAUUCAUUUGCUUUCCUGAAGACAUGUCUGCGAUAUUUUUCUGAGAGAUGUGUAUGAAUGGAUUUCGAAACUCAGCAAGUUGUUUAACUUAUUGUCAAAAUGUAAUAAAAAAGAAAAAGUCUUUAUAAAAAAAAAAAAUCUUUUCUCAUUUACCAUUCUGAUAAUUAUUGAUUUUGCAUUGAAAGCAAACAAUAGUUUUAUCUACACACUGCUUACAGUGACUCAACAACUCAGCGUCUUCUUUUGUUGAUACUUCUGGCAGAAGGAAGGCAGAGUCUGGAAAAGAUCACUCUCUCCGCCACAGACAGCCUUUCAUUGUGUAUCAGUUCAUCUGUCGGGUUGUUCUCUGCGGAACACGUCACAUGUAGAAACAAUCAGGCCGGGUCUGACUGCAGGG